ACAGACAACUUCAAGGUGUUUUAUUUAUUUAUAGUAUAUAUGUGUGUCAAUUCAAUCAGUUAGCAAGUGCCAGCAGUUUCUGUAAAUGCAAACGGAAUGCAGAAAUUAUUGGUGAAUACACAUGCGGAAAUGAUGGUCACACUUGCAGAUGUAAAAUCACGUAAUAUUGCGCAAACCUCUUACCCCUUUUGAUGUAAUAGACUGUGCCGGUCGGCGGGGUCAUUUGCUUGUAACAUUACGGGCCACCACGCAUCAGUUGACCGCACGAUUACAAGGCGUUUUGACGACAAAAUUUUACUUUUCAAAAACCCAAUAUGUUAUUUUAUAUUGAUUAAUGACUGAAAUCAUACAUAUAUAUGUGUUUGGUCAGGAGUCACUGACUUUACCGGGAUGAGAACGGCCGCAGCAACUCAACUGGACUAAAUGAUGGCGAUGAAAGUGACAUGUGCUUGAUGUUGAUUUCUAUAAACUGAAACUAGAACAAUACACAAAAUACAUUAUUAUAUCGUAGAUCUAUUUAAGUUCACGUAAGAAAUAGGAUAUUUACGUCCACUACAAAAGGUCUCCACGAUAAACAGUUGCUUUCAUUCGUCGAGAGGGUAUUUCCUGAUCGUGGUCAGUGUUCAUUACGUUGUAGCGGUCAGUGGCAUAAGUGACCUGAAGUGACCCCAAAGGACUUGUCCUGAUGAUGUAAACUUUGGAAUGGAAGAUAAGUAAGAAGACAGGUGAAGAAGACACAUUACAUGAAAAUCCGCCAUCUUUGUUGAUAUUCUUUGUCCAGAUGUAGAAAAGGCAGUGGAGAGUUGGUUUUAAUGAGCAUAACAACAUGUCCAGGAGAAAACAGGGGCGGCCACAACAAAGACGGACCCUAGAUUCUCUGGAACAGGAAAAUGACUUACUUGUAUGUGGAGAAUGCCAAACCAGCUUUCCACUGCGAGACAUACUCAAAUUCAUCAAACAUAAAAUCAACAAAUGUAACAAAGACGAUGGUGAUGCAGAUACACCGGAGAAUGACGAUGAAGACCAGGAGACUGCAGACAUCUGCAGCAGUAUCAGUCUUAAACGUACCAGUAUAUCUGCACCCAUCUCUAGAAAGGAAUCAUUAGAGACAAGACUGUCUCCGUUACUAGACUGCAGUAACGAUGAUGUCAAAGAAAAUGAUUUCUCCCCUGAGGAAGAACUCAAACAUGUCCGGCCGCCAUUGAAGUUAAAACAAGGGGUAGAUGCCGAAUCUAACACAACUCAUACAGAGCCAACGAAGUUUGUAUGCGAAUCCUGCAAAGCCACUCAUGAAUCAGCAUGGUCCCUCCUUCAACAUGCUCAGAGAGAACAUGGAAUGAAAAUAUAUUACACUCCACCAUUGAUUGAAUCUUUACCGGUUACCAGAACUAUUGAUGCUGUGAUGAAAGAUCUUCACGAUUCUAAACGUUCUCCACAGUUGUCACAUCACCAUAAAAUUCACGACGAUAUCCGUGAUCAACAUUUAUCUAUACAUCGUGAUCAUCAUAGAACACCUCCAUCAGCGGGAAGCUCAGUCGGCAGUGGUGACGCAACCAUUACAUCACACCAUUCUCCGAAUCCAUUCAUGUUCCGCUUCCCAUUUGAUAGACCUCCUCUUUCUCCGAGUCUACAAUUCAGCCGUCCACCGGGUCCAGAUUUUAUGUCUAGCGAACCUCGUCACCUCGGAUUGCUUAAUUUUCCACAUUUUGAUGGUCCCUCACCAUCAUUUCCUCAUUUGUUUGACAGGACGCCUCGUCCUAUGGGAUUUGACAACAAAACUCUUGAAUCCUUUUAUUCACAAAGGUUGCGAGAGUUAGCAUCAAGAGACAUUAUUACUGGAACAACUUCUGCAUCCCCGCCCAUCCGGAAGCACACACCUCCUUUCUCGCAGGCCAGCACAACGACAACGACUUUAUUUUCACCUCUCACACCACAGCAGUCAUCGCCUCAUCAAGUGGAACCUGAAAGAGCACAGCGUCCAGAUAGUCUGACACCACCUAGCAAAUUAAAAUCUUGUGAAUUCUGCGGAAAAUCUUUCCGAUUCCAGAGCAAUCUGAUCGUACAUCGAAGGUCCCACACUGGUGAGAAACCGUUCAAAUGUCCUCUCUGUCCCCAUGCCUGCACUCAACAGAGUAAGUUAAAAAGGCAUAUGAAAACGCACAUGAACAAAUCACCAAUGAUGUCACAGAUCUCUAAUUCUUCAGACGGAGGCAAUCAUGGUUCAGGUGAUAGCACCCCAGAAGGAAGUAAAAAGUUUAUGGACGACGAGGACGAGGAUGAGGAAGAAGAGGAAGAAAUGGAGGAGGAGGAAGAAGAGAUGGAUGAAUCAGAGAUGAUGGAAGAAGAAGAAAGUAGAAAACUGUCCAAUAACAAUCUAGAAAAAAAGCCUGAUCUUUUUAUCCCAAACUUUGUACCGACUCAUUCACGAAAUGGUGGUUUUGCAAUUAACCCAAAUCAGGACAAAUCGUCAUUGCUCAAAGAAGUGAUGGAAAAUACAGGUUUGACAGGGAUUCCGACAUACAAAGAUGCUUUGAAACAAGCCAUAGAAGAAAACUUUUCAAAAGAGAAUCCAGAGUCUGGUAAAGAACAGAAUGACAACGGCAGCAGAAAUGGCAGCAUAUCCAGUAAGGAAGAUAUCAAAUCAGAACCUGAAACAAACCAAGGCAACUGCAUUGAUAAACAAGCAAAUUGUGAAAAUAGACAAGCCAAACAUAUAAAAAGCGAACCUCAUGAGGCAGCACCUACUCCUAUGUUUAACUUCGAUAUGUUUUCAUCAUUGCAACAAUCCCUUUGGAGAAUGCCGGUCGCUAAUCCACCACCAGAGAUUUAUCCACAUCUUAUACCGGGAUACCCUUUUGACCCGAAUCACAACAAUGGAUUCAAUCCUGUGUCUACGGUUGAAAGUGCCAUGAAGAGUUACAACACUCAAAAGUCAGUAGACAAUCUAUCUUCGGCUAAUAGUUCCCCUUUGCCUAGAAAGGAAUCUAGAAGAAAUGACACUUGCGAAUAUUGUGGGAAGAUUUUCAGAAACUGCAGCAAUCUCACCGUUCACAGACGCUCACAUACGGGAGAGAAACCUUAUAAGUGUGCACUUUGCAGCUAUGCAUGUGCACAGUCAAGUAAAUUAACAAGGCAUAUGAGAACGCAUGGUCGGAUUGGAAAAGAUGUAUACCGUUGCAAAUUCUGUAGCAUGCCAUUCUCAGUUGCCAGUACUCUAGAAAAGCAUAUGCGAAAAUGUGUCGGCAAUGGACAAAUGAAAAUGAUACCAGACUCUGAUUCUCAAUCUCAGUCAGAUACUGCUAGGAUGAUUCAAGAUUCAGAAUCUGAUUCAAGCAAUGCUCCUUCAAAUGCUAACACACCAACGAGUAUAUACGAAUCAAAUAGCUUGUCAAAGAACGCGUAUGGUUCUCCGAACUCCUCCACUAGUAUAUUUGAUUCCGUGAACUCCUCCAAGAGUUUAUACGAGUCCGCCAGCGUUGCCACGAGCAUGUUCGAUGCCGCCAAAGUACCAUCUAGCCCGUUUGACUCGGCUAAAAUGGCUGCAGCUUUCAAAAAGGAAUCUGGUUUAUUCGAUUCAGUGAAUGUUACCCCUACUAUAUGACUGCUAUGGUUUGCUCAAUAUUUUGUUAUUUAUUUGACACCUUUAUUGUAAACAGCACAAAAUACUCAUCUUCAUGGUCUGCCCAACUAUUCGCUGUUGUGUAAAGACUUGCUGGCACCAUUAACCGGUGACGUCAUCUUCAUCAUCAUUUAUCGUCAUAGAUCCACACGAUUGUUGUAGUUUGGGGCAGACAAACUUUAGAUAUUGUAGAUUUGUUAAUUUGUAUAUAGAUGUUGAUUGUUAAGAUGGGGUGUUUUUAGGAGGGAUUUGUACCCCAUGACGUGUAUCUUUAGAUGGUGCUUACCCCUUCUUGCAUUGUAUACGUGUCAUAUUUUUUUUAUAUUUGAAUAGAUAGAUGCACAUUACUGGGGCUUUUAAAGCAUAUAUUUUGAGAUUAUCAAUAGCAACAUUGCUUCAAAGAAGCAGCAACUAAAAUGGCAGACAUUGAUUUUGGUGAUUUUUAAUUCUGUGAAAAUAAGUGUCAGUCUUUAGACUUUAAAGAGGAGUAGUAAAAAUAUAUCAUCGAAAUUGGAGAGUAAUAUCACACUGUGUUGAAUUAUAUAUUUGUUUAUUUGUUUUUUUGGAAUGUGGCUUAAGUACAACAUCAAACAGACGGAAUUGAUCAGGGCUUUCAAUCAGGGAGAAUAUUACACCAACGGUUUCGAUGUUUUAACUGUUUCAUUAAAAGUUGAAAUUAUUCUAGAAGCAUAUUUGUGCCUAUGUCUUAGGUCAUCUUUUGUGACAAUAAGUCUUUUUGUAAAAUAUGUGCCAUAUUAUGUUUAUAUUCAUCUACUGAUGACUUAAUGUUAUUUAAAGAAAGCAGCAUGUUAGUUAUUUAAAUGCAACGGGAAAACAUACUAGGAGUAAUUUUGUUACAUUGUGAUUUUCAUAUUAAACUUUUAUAGUAUCAACUUUUAAUGGAACAAUUGGGAAAUCCAUAUAAAUGAAACCUGUUUUGAUAUGUGAUGUAAAGAAAUAUUUAAAUUUUAUUGGAGGUAUAGAAAUAUGCACACUGCAACAGAAGAGCUUAAGGCAGCAGAAAAAUAAUUGUAAUAAUAGUGCCUAAAAUAUAUCCUGCCAAGCAGAAUUUUACAUGUUGUACGACCAACAAAUUCAACUGGUUAAAAUCUGGAGAAAACAAUACAACAGUGCAAUUUGUUUUUUUGUUUUUUUUAUUUUUUUGUCAAGAAGGGCGAUACUACAUUGAAGUGUUUGUAUAAAGUUUUCAUUGUUAGAUUUAGAUGUUAGAGAGUUUUAUAUAUUAUGUAUUCCCUCAUCACAUUACUGUUUCCCAGGCAGUCUAACAACUAGGGACUUGACUCAUUUUGGUGCAAUAGUGUGCUUAAAACUACCUAUGGCGUUACAACAUCACAUUUGGGUAGUGGUUUAUUUUAUGUAAGUGAGCUUGAUUUCGUUUAUUGCAUAUAAAUUUUGUUUAGAAAUGUGUUUCAAUAAGGUUAGAUGUGCAAAAUAUCAGUUAUCAAAACGAUGAUUUUUAUAAUAUAACUCUUUAUGCAAAAUUACGAAAGGAAUAUGUAGAAUGAGAAUACUCCUAGAAAAUGCCAGGAGUGUUUUGAACAUCGUAAAAGCACACUCAAUGCAGCAAGUCAAGUUCAAAACAAACUGAAAUGAAAUAUUGAUCUUAACAUGUCACUUUUCUUAGCUGUCCAGGGUUUAAUUACUUUCUUGAGAAAAAAAUUAUCUAUAAUAAAGUUCCUUUGGAAUAUUGAAAAUUUAAACAUGCAUAGUAACACCUAAUUGCAUAUUUACUUUAUUUAUACUU